UUGGCAGCACAGCUUUUCAGUUCAAUCGAGUUGGCAGCCCAUUUAUUUUGAAGCGGGAUGCAAAAAUGAAAAUUAGGUGCCAGUUGAAUGUUUGUAUCGAAAUUCAUAAAUAACUACUUACAGAUCUAUGAUGACACCGGAAUUCGCAGAUUACCUGGAGAGAGACAAGCAAUCUGUGAUGUCAAUCGCCCCGGACGGAUGUAAAGAACACUAUUUGUGGAUAUACGAAAAGACAAGGAUAACAGCGGAGGAACUUUCGCGGCCCUUCACCCGCGAGGAAGUGGAGGAAUUGUGCCGGCGUACCAAGGUUAAGGUGCAAAUGUAUAGAAAGAACUGCGUUUUUGAAGCCAAAAAGCGAUUCGAUGCAAAGGGACGCUUCAAAGACGCCUCUCAGCGCUACAUUGACAAAAUGCUGAUAAAGGCGGUAAAGCGGAAGAUGGUGACGCCGUAUUCGGACGAGGAGGUGGCCAAGUGGAGGAGCAUUAACCGCAGUCUUCUCAAGGAGCAAAAUCUAAGGCGUCUGGAGAUAUGGCGCCAAAACAGAAAGAGCCUCUCUAGGCAGUCAAAGACUUUGAAUCACACCAACGACAACAUCUCGGAUUCGGAGCUAAUGUCCUCCCAGUCGAGUGUCUCCAUUGGCAGUAUCUCGGAUUUAGAGUCUCAUCUCGAUGACGGUGGACUCAUUGGUAUCGGAGAUACAGAAUCCGCAGCAUUGGGCAUUAGUAGUACUUAUCCACAAAUGAAGCUGGUCAAAAGAGCUGAUAUCUCGGAUUGCGGCGGCAUUCUAGAAGAGGAGGACGACGAUGACGUCAGUCAGUUGAUAAUAGAGGACAUGGGCCAGACCCAAAGCCAGGACGUAGCACAAAGCCAGAGCCAGGAGCUGGGCAUCGGGCCAAGCGAAGAGAUCCACCCUAGCCUGUUGAAUCUGGAUUGGGUCCAAGCGGGAAUAGAACUGAACUCCGAGAGCAUUUUUGACGAAAAGAAUACCCAAUCCCAGAAGAGUGACGACACCAACUACGAUGCCUUUGGAACCCAAGUGGGGGGCGCAUCUACCCAAGAUCCGCCCAUCUAGUUAAGAUCUUUAUGCUUAUUUUAUGUAGUGCUGGCGACAAUUUAGAAAUGAAUAUUUAUGUUAUUUUCGUUUAUUUUUUAAUUAAAAGUGAUGGAUAUAAAAACUUCCUUAAAAACA